CACCUAUAAUACGUAUAUAACAAACCAAAACAAUUUUGUGCGUCUCUUCUGUGAGCUGUGACUGUGAGUGAGAACAGCAUAAAAUGCAAAACCGCCUCUAAAUCUCAUUUCGUACCAACUCAAGCAAUGUCUCGAGCAAUCCAUCUUGUCACCAAAAGCGUUCCAGUGGUGAGUUAAUAUUAUAUUCUUCAAAAAAGCUGUCAGUGGAAAUGAGAAGCUAAAAUGCAUGUGAAAUAUUGUUUGGCGGUCAUGACAGCAAUAAGUCAGAUGGCAUGCCCUAUUCUGCGGGCUAGUUAGUCGAUAGUGCAGCCUUUGCCUCCUAGGCAGUAGAUGCACUUACUCUCCUGUGGAAACAGUGGGGAGGGGGUGAGGCAAGCUAUACCUACUGCAAAGGUAACGCGAUAUGGAGGAAAUUGUCGGGUUGUUAGGUUACAGUCCUUCAGAUGGCAGUUGUCUCCCCUGCUCAGGAGUUUCUGGAAGAGCCGUCAGUGUAUCAUCUAGAUCUUUCUGCAGUGAGUACAAAGUUGUCAAGGUUGCUUCACUUAAAAGCACUUUCAGGGGGACGUCUUGUGUGUGCAAUGCAAGUUCUAGUGGUCACAGAAGAAACCCAGACUUCUCAAGGCAAAACAAGCGUGGAUUCUCCAGGAACAGAAAUAGGCAAAAUGAAGAGAGAGAUGGCUCUGAGAAUCUCGAGGAAUCUGAACUGUUUUCAUCAAAAAAUGGGCCAUUACUUUCCCUCUCCAGUUCCCCGAAGUUCCAAGCCACAUCUACUCCAGGUCCAAGAGAAAAGGAGAUAGUUGAACUAUUCAGAAAGGUCCAGGCUCAACUUCGAGAAAGAGCAGCUACCAAGGAAAAGAAGAAGGAUGAUUUGCAAAAACGAGGUAAAGAGAGUGAAACUGUUGAUUCACUCCUUAAGCUUUUGAGAAAACAUUCUGUUCAGCAAGGAAAAAAAAGCAAUAGCAGUAGGAGCAGCAGAGACUUCAUUUCGGACCAGGCUAGACCAAAUGGUCCACUUAAUGGAAAGAAAAGCACAAGCUUCUUUGAUUCAACUAACACGAAGAAAGACGAGGACCAAGAGCAUGAGUCCCCAUCUUUUAGCAGACCGGUAUCAAAGUUCCAGCGUAAAUCUCCUGUCCCUCAAGUCAAGUUGCAGCCCCUUGAUUCUGACGAAAACACUGUCAAUUCUGUUCCAUACACAAAUUUAGAUGGGAAAAGAGAGAAGACUCAUCCUGAUCCUGGAAUUGAGCACGUGGCUAAGCUCGAGGUAGAGCUUGAGCCUGAGACCAGUUUUUUUGAUGGGGAUGAGAUCUCAGAAGAUGAAAUCAUAGAUUCCGGUGAAGUUUUUAAUGAUGAUGAUGCAGACGAAAAUGCACCAACUGAAUUUGGGGAUUUAAGUGUAAUGAAGCUGACAGAAUUAAGAGCACUUGCGAAGUCUCGUGGCAUGAAAGGGUUCUCAAAGCUGAAGAAACGCGAGCUUCUGGAGUUGCUAACUGUGGGUUCAAGUUCAACCUGAUUCUCUGACGCAUCAGAGUCGAAAUCAACAGACCAGUUUUUCAUGUUGAGAUAGUCUUUACAUGAACCUUUUUGUUGCCAUAACAAUACGUCUUUUUGCUUUAAUUUACCUAAGAUUUAAAGUAGUGUUGCUAAUCCUUGCGAAGAUUUUAUAGCAGUAGAUUUUAUUAUGUUUCUUUUGACCAGUGCAGGACUCCUUGAUGUGCUUUUUACCUGUUGUAAUUUUUCAUUUUUCCUUGCCUACUCUUGAUCAACAUUCAUGUUUCUUGGUGUCUAAAAUUGCUCAAUUCAAAGUC